GGUAUCUUGAUUGCUCCCAAAGAGCCCAGUGCAGCUGCUACAACAUGAGUAGCCUGAACGCUACACCACAGCUUCAAUCCAAACACAAUGUGGUCUCUAAAGGAGUCAAUACUGACCUUGCAGGAUGCAUGUCAGUGUUUGGCUCAACAGAUGAUGUUUGAGACUUCACCUCCCAGAUGCUUUACUCAAUAUGAUCAGUGGGGAUUGCAGGACUUGUAGUCCAAGAAUAUUAAGGACCAAUGCCCAUCCUUCAGAUCACUGGCUUAUCCAUUGCCACUUGCCAAGAUUUUCAUACAGACAUGGGAUGAUUCCAAGGCUCUAUGUCAUGCCCUGGAAACAAGACAUGAAGUACCGCAAACUGAAUUUAAAGCAUGCUGGCAACAUUGGGCUUUAUACUGGUUCCCUUGAAGACACUUUGUUUUUGGAUAAAAGAGAGAGGCAUUGCCAUGGAGAGGAUCGGAAGAAACUUCUGCAGAAAGUACCACAGAAAAUGACAGUGGAAGACAUUCCCAUUUAUUCCCAUCUCUCACGAUACCACAAGUCCAUUGUGGCAUAUGGCUUCAGGAUCAAACUCUGAGUCACUUUCUCCACUUGGGAUUUGCAUCAGCCAUGAAUUAAACAUAGCUGCAAGGGAAACAAUGUGAUCUUUUCAUUCUUUUCCUAAUCAGAUGAAGUUCUCAAAUCUGCCAAUCAAAUAUUUCAUUACUAUCAAGGAAAUAACUGAAGAUUUGAUCUACUUGGAUCCAUCCCACCCAAAAUCUAGGGUUUGGCCUUUUAUUUAUUAAAUAAUCAGGGCAUUAUAUUGUUUCUGAAAGAUAGUCAAAUUUGGGAUUACUGCUUUGAUUACAGCAGGGCCACAUUUUAUUUUAUUUUUAUUAUGUUGUGGUGACUAUUAUGGGAUGAAUCCAUGACAACUCUACCACAACAAGGUAUUAUGUAACAAUCAGACCUUCACAGUAGCUACCCAUGGUGUAACGGAAAGCCUUAUUUUAUUGGGGAUUUUUGUCUAUAUUAUUUAAUGUUGAUUCAGUGGUAAAGGUGGGCAGGAGUUAGCUACUGAUGAUUGGCUAUGUGUCACCAUGGUAACGUAGCUGCUUCUGUAGAAAUGUAACCAUUUCGAAGCUAGCACGAAAGGGGCGGAGCUAACUGGAUGAAAAAGGAGGGAAUGUUUUAAAAAGGAGUUGAAUUAGAUUCAUGUUUCUAGCGAGGGAAGUUAGAGGAAAGACGUGUGUGUCUGGGGUUCAGUUAUGGUAGUUCUCUAGCCGGUGAGCUAGGAAGAAGACGUCUGUAUGUUCAGGUUCUAGUAAGGGGAGCUAGAAGAAAGACUUCUGUAUGUUCAGUUUAGUUUCUAGCCUGUGUGUUAGAAAGAAGAUAUAUGUGUACAAGUGUGAACUACUAUUGCUGUAUUAAAGUAUAAAAGGAUUUGUUUAUGUCCUGGUUCCCAGCUGGGUAAAGCUGAGGAAAAGGAAUACUGUUGAGACAAAGUUUCAGUCAAGUGGUUGAUGUUAAGGAAUGAAAGAUAUUAUCCAUAUUAUGUACAAAUGAAACUGAAGAAGUAAACCUUUGUAACAAGUUAUCCUUUUCAGACUAGAGAAACCAUAAAUAAAUAAUUCUUUGUUUUUAAUAAA